AUGAAGAUUAUAAACGACCCUAUUCACGGUUAUAUGGAAUUCGAAGAUUGGGCAGUUCAAAUUAUUGAUACACCGCAAUUUCAAAGAUUGAGAGAAAUCAAACAAUUAGGAACUGCCUGUUUUAUUUUUCCUGGUGCAAAUCACAAUCGUUUCGAACACAGCUUAGGGACGGCUCAUCUUGCUUAUACAUUUACAAAAAGACUACAGCAACAGAGCAAUGAAAUAUCAGAAGCUGAUCUUAAAUGUGUAACUUUAGCGGCUUUAUGCCAUGACUUGGGACAUGGACCGUUUAGUCACGUGUUUGAGAAAGUUUCAUCAGGACUAGGGAUUCAGGAUGAUGAAGGGAAGGUGUGGAAGCAUGAAAAAGGAUCCGUAAUGAUGUUUGAUCAACUUAUUAAAGAACUGGGAGAAUUGGAUUUGGAAUCGGGAUUCCGUCUAGAAACAGAAGAUAAAAAGUUCAUCAAGGCCCUUAUUACUGGAAAAUCAAAUGAAAUGCCCAAGUGUUUAUUUAAUAUAGUCAACAAUAAAGAUAAUUCUGUGGAUGUUGACAAAUUUGAUUACCUCGGGCGAGACUGUUACUAUUUGGGCAUGAAAUCUUUAUUCGAGUUUUCACGAUUGAUGCGGUUCUCUCGCAUUAUGGAUGGACAGAUCGUUUACAACCAUAAGGAAUGCUUUAACAUUUAUGAAAUGUUCCACACGCGUUAUUCAUUGCACAAGAAAGUUUACAACCAUCGCGUUAGCAGAGCAAUAGAUCAUAUGGUAAUUGAUGCGCUUAUGAAAGCUGAUUCAUACUACGAUAUUAAAAAUGCAAUCAAGGAACCCACAGAAUAUAUCAAGUUGAAUGAUUCUAUUUUGAGUACGAUCGAACAUUCAAAAUGCGAGGAAUUAGAAGAAUCAAGAAACAUUGUCAAACGAAUUAGGCGGAGGGAUUUGUACAGAUUUGUGGCGGAGUGUUUAGUGCCGAAAGAACUUAAAGAUCGUAUUAGUAAGGAAGCUUUAGAAAAAUUUUUCUCCAGAAAGGGUGAUAAUCUAAGUAAUAACGUAAUUGUCGAGGAGCUAAGGUUAAAUUAUGGAAAAGGUGAUCAAAAUCCUGUUGAUGACGUCAAAUUCUAUAAUAAGGAGAAACACAAUGAAGCAUCCCCGAUUCCACGUACAGAAAUAAGUUAUCUUGUCCCCGAACAAUAUGAAGAAGUAACAAUGCGCGUCUUUUCACGCGAGUCCAAUAAG